AUCGUAGAUAUUCGACUGUUCUCGUCGUUGAAGCGAAAUUGCACAAAGAAUAUGAUUGGUUCUUGGCAGACUAUUUACGUACUCCUUCGAUGAAAUGCACAUUUAAUUUGCUGCAUUAGAGUUGAUAAGCGGUUUGUUAAGAGAAAGCAUCGAUUAAUUUUCCAUCCGGAAGAUGAAAACCUUGAUAAUGUUAUGUUGCAUUGUGGCAGCAAGUUUUGCUUUUCCUUUUAAAUUCAAAUUUAAGGAUGGAUCUGCCGUUUAUGAAGCAGUUGCCAAAACAACAUCGAUGAUACGAAAGAGAGACACUGCAAAGAUAGAUCCCAUUGGUCGUGCCUUUAGAUCGGUUGAUUUAAAUAAUGACGGGCACAUUACUGCUUAUGAGUUUGCCUCACAUUAUUCCAAAACAUUCAGACUUAGAGGGAACUACAGCUAUGUUCAAUGGAGACAUGCGUUCUUCGCAUCCAUGCCUAAACUUGAUACUAACGGGAAUAACAUGCUAGAAAUUAGCGAAUUCCGUUCGAUUCCAUAUUGUUGAUUGAGAUAUAAAAGAUGGUAUUAGAAGCAAAAUGUGACAACGUUGCAUCCAUUAUAACAGUGACAUUUACUACAAAUUCGGAUUCGGAAUAGACUAUUUACAGUUCUUACUUUAAAGAAAAUUAGUGUGUUUUUUUAAAAAAUGUUUAAUAUGUCAUUUGUCCGUUUUAACGGAAACUUUCCAAAUACAAAAUCAUUUUCAACAAUUGUUUUACAUAUAGAUUUGAAGUUUGGUUUUUAUUUCCACAAUUAGGAAUCUGCAGCCUGCUUAUCUUAUCACAUUGCUUAACAUUUGCACUCUGGUGAAUUGUUGCAUCGCUGGCAUUCAUACAAUUGUUAUUCUUUAUUUUUAUACUUACAAAAUUUAAAGAAAGUUAACUAAAAUUUUGGUACUUAUUUACGCUGCGUGUCUUUAUGAAAUACAGUAAUAGCAAAUUAAAGUUUUUAAUUGUUCAGGAACCAAUAAAAUCAUGACUCGUUUG